UUUUUCUUUCUUUUUAGUAAAAAAAAAAGUUCUAAUGGUUCAUGGGUCACUCGGAUUUUCUUGGAUUCAAGAAUAAUGUGAGUUGAAUCCUUUUUCACCAACGGAUCCAUGAGGGAGAUCUUACUGCUUUAAAUCAUGGGUCUCUUCGUUUUCCUGAGAUUAAGUUUGAUACUAUUUAGUUCCUUCUUUUUUUUUUUUUCCGAUUUCUAAUGUGAUCAACAUCAUCAUUUACAUAAUACAAACCAUAUGAUAUAAAGAACCAAACUUUACUCUCUUGACUAGUGUAUAUUUUUCUCUCUUCAAUUUUUUUUUUAUAUUUUAUUUCUCCAAAUUAUGCGCAGAGUCGCUCCGUGUUUGCUAUUAAAUUGCUGCGACUUUUUCUUUUUUCCCAAGAUUUUGAGUUUUGAGGAUGCCUUGAGAGGGUUUUUCUGCUUUUCAGUUUUUUUUUUGGGUCAAUAUAAAGUAAAUCACAAUCACUUGUUCUUUCAACUUUCAAUCUGACGACUUCUUCUUCACUUUUAUAAAGUUGUAAACUUUAAUUUUUUGUUCGACGAACUUACAUUGUGUGGUGCAAUUCUGGGUCGGGUCGUGAAGGAUCAUAUAAACAACCCUCUCUUUUUUUGGGCUAAACAAUUUCUCCAAACAUCUUAUAUGCAUUGGUCACUUUCCAUCUGCAGUAUUAUAUAUACAUAUAGAUCUCUCUGUUUUGUUGUCACAGAUCGAGAGCUUAUGUGGUGCUAAGGCUCAAGCAUCAAAAAGGGGUAGAUCGUAUUAAAGGGGUUUCAAUCAUGGGGAAGGGGAAUGCUGUUUCUGGCAACACCAUACCGCUCCAUGGUCGCCCUAUUACUCGUGCUCUUGCCUCUGCUCUGCGUGCUUCUUCUAAGCUGAUUACAUCUUCAGAAGUUGCUUCUACAUCACAGAACCAGGGACGGGUUCUGAGAGCAAAGUCUAAAAGAACAGCCUCGGAUGAUAAGAAACUCAAUGCACCUAAGAAGCGAGCUGUUCUUAAGGACAUCACUAACGUUACCUGCGAUAAUUCUUACACAAGUUGCUUCAGUGUUGCGGUGGACAAUGCUAAGCAAAUAAAGAAGGCACGAGCGAGUUCUUCCAAGGUGGCAUCUUCUUCGGCUACUUCACUAGUUACAGAUGAAAAGGCACAAGUUGUGGAAAAUUCAGCAGGAGGAAGCUUGUCUGGUUGUACAGGCACGAGCUUAGGCACAAACGAAGCAUCUUAUAGCUUUAUCCCAAAGCCGAGUUCCAGAUUGCCUCCAAGACCCCUUGGGACAGUUGAGAGAAGUUGUGAUGGAGCAAGUUCAAGUGUGGCAAGUAUCCCGAAAUUCGUUGAUAUUGAUUUAGAUGACAAGGAUCCUCUACUCUGUAGCCUCUAUGCACCUGAUAUUUACUACAACCUGCGUGUUGCUGAGCUUAAACGCAGACCAGUUGCUGAUUUUAUGGAGAGGACACAAAGAGAUGUGACUCAGACAAUGCGGGGAAUCCUGGUUGAUUGGCUUGUAGAGGUAUCAGAGGAAUACACACUUGUGCCUGACACUCUCUACCUAACAGUGUAUCUCAUAGACUGGUUUCUCCAUGGAAACUACGUGGAAAGACAGAGACUUCAAUUGCUUGGCAUCACUUGUAUGCUCAUUGCCUCAAAAUAUGAGGAAAUAUGUGCGCCACGCAUUGAGGAGUUCUGCUUCAUAACGGAUAACACUUACACAAGAGAUCAGGUCGUGGAAAUGGAGAGCCAAGUACUGAAGCAUUUUAGCUUUCAAAUUUACACUCCCACUUCAAAGACAUUCCUCAGGAGAUUUCUUCGAGCAGCUCAAGUUUCUUCUUACCCGAACCCAAGUCUGGAAAUGGAAUAUCUGGCGAAUUACCUGACGGAAUUGACGUUGAUGGAUUAUCCUUUCUUGAAGUUCCUUCCAUCGGUGAUCGCUGCUUCGGCUGUUUUUCUUGCCAAGUGGACAUUGAACCAGUCAAGCCACCCUUGGAAUCCAACACUUGAGCAUUACACAACGUACAAAGCAUCCGAUCUAAAAGCAUCUGUUCACGCUUUGCAAGAUCUACAGCUGAACACCAACGGUUGCCCCUUAAACUCUAUACGCAUGAAGUAUAGACAGGAGAAGUACAAAUCGGUGGCGGUAUUCAGUUCUGCAAAGCUACCUGAGAAGCUAUUCAUCUCGUAACCGCCGAUAAUAACACAAAACAUCUGUAACAACAACAUUAGUGAAGGUCCGGUCCUCAUUCAUCCUUGUCAAAUAAAAGAGUGUCUUUUCCACGGUUUUAUCAUACCAAGUAACCGGACUAUUACUACUUAGAAUUCGGUUUUAUUCCGGUUUAGUUUAGACUUUGUUUGGUUCUUCCAAACCUGAUUUGUUCUGAUCGGUAACACGAGUUUUUUAAUUGUAAGUGGGAUCGAUUGUACAUUUCUCUUUUCUUUUUCUUUUUUAAUUAAAUUCAGGCAAUAUUUUCUGGUCG